CAACAAUAGUGUCUCCAAUCACAUUUAUCAAUCCAAUUAUUCUUCUUGAAAUCUCCUUACUCCACUUUUAUUUUUCUUCAUCGCCCCCGUUUGAUUAUAAUCCUAAUCAAGAUCAGAUUUAGCUCUUAAAAACGCGUUGAUCAUUUUACAACGGAUUUUCGCAUAUCGAUCGCCAUUUACACAUCAUUCACAGUCGAAUCUAGUGUGGUGUUUUGGUAUGUUAAAUGCUCAAAGAGCCAUAGCUAGCAACGCUCAACCCGAUGAAGAUGAACAUAUUCGAGACAUCCAUGCACUAAGCCCGCCACGGCCGCCCUCCGCCACCCGAGCCGGCCGCCGCGGCCGAGAGCCUUGGGAAACAAGUAGCCAUAGAUCAUCAUCUUUAUCCAUGGCUAGCAAUGAUGGUACAUCAAGUGAAAAUUUUACCAGCAUCAGUAGAGAAUUUAAUGCUCUUGUUCUUGCAGGAUCUACAAUAGCCAACGAUGGAACAGAAAAUGGUGAAAAUAGCCAUAGCUUAAACAAUUUGCUAAGGAUUGGGGAGGAGGAAAUGGCUGAAGAAACCAACCCUUUGGCUAUUGUGCCUGAUAAUAAUCCAUUUCAACCCAUAUCACCGCCACGUCAUGGCGGUGAUGGUGUUGCCGCCUCCUCCGCCGUCACUGAAGUUGUCUCUGUGCAGAGAGUGAAGAAAGAAGAGGUGGAUGCAAAGAUAAAUGCAUGGCAGAAUGCUAAGAUUGCCAAGAUUAACAACAGGUUUAAGAGGGAGGAUGCUGUAAUUAGUGGUUUGGAGAGUGAGCAGGUCCAAAAGGCCACCUCGUGGAUGAAGAAAGUCGAGAGGAAGCUCGAGGAAAAAAGAGCAAAAGCCUUGGAAAAGAUGCAAAAUGAUAUCGCCAAAGCACGAAAAAAAGCUGAGGAAAAGAAGGCAUCGGCUGAGGCCAGGAGAGGAACAAAGUUGGCUAGGGUUCUUGAGGUAGCCAACUUGAUGAGAGCCAUCGGAAGACCCCCGGUCAAGCGUUCUUUUUUUUAAGCACUAUACUUUUGCAGAAAGUAACUCGUGUAUUACUUUUAAGCUUAGCAAAAACAUACUAAUAGUAAUAGUAGUGUGCAAGUGUGUACUUGUGUAUAUGGGAUGUGAAAUCAGCAAUUUUAUGUGUGAAUUACUAGAAUAAGGUGGAGAUAGUUGAGAAUAACCUUGAAGAUGAUAUUUGUGUGGUAAACGAAAAUGUAAUGUUGCUUGCUCUAAAUUUUAGUCGGAUAUUUGCUUUAGCAUUGACAACUUUUUGAAAAUCAAUGCUGAACUUCUAGCUUGUUGCUAGUUCACGACUUUAUCAAACAAGGAACAUGUUCUUGUCA